AUCACGUUGUUCCCUACAUGUAGCACUCUUUAGGAAGCAUGUCACGCAACACCUCCAAGACUCGAGCUGAAAAGGGUCGUGUGACUUCAGCCCAGCCUCCACCUCCUACUCAAGCUGAGGACGAGGAGGACAGUGUGGACCCAGGAUGUCUGGCCAAGUCUGAGCUCCUGAUGAUGAGAGCUCAUGAAGAAGGAGAGGAAAUUGUUGCAGAUAUCCUGGAGGAACUCAUGACCCAUGCCUUGGAGAAGAGUUAUGAAGUGUAUCUUAAGAAACAGAUAAUACCAUUCACUGUGACCUGGGCAAAGAAUACCAUGUUCCAGCUGGCAAAGUGUAAGUACCUUAUGCAUGAUGAAGGUGAUGAUGUAGACACAACCUCAAUCCUGAAGGAAGAAACAGCACCUGCACCCUCACUUCCAGAUUCCUGGGCUGAAGGCUGUGUGCCAGUUAUCAAAAUCUCAAAUCAUUUACAGAUGGUUAAGAUUGAUGCACACAAAGCUGAUGUUAAAGAGACACUAAAAAUACAGGAAGCCCUGUCAAUAAACCAAACUGAAGCUCCCCUAAGGAAACCAAGACGAAACAACAGGAGCAUGAAAGUAAUCCCUGCGUCUCAUGCAAAGAUUGAACUGGAAAGAAAACCGCAUCCACCUGAGACACCUUCAUCAAAAAAACUGAGACCUCCAGAAACACAGAAUAUAUUGCAGUAUUAA